AUGCUUGACUUUGAGCAAGAUUUUUAUAAAUUUGUUAAAGCUUAAUUAGACAAAAAAAAGGGGACCAAAUAAAUAGGUACAGAUGAUUCAGGUAAUGAAGAAGAAACAAUAAAGAGUAAUUAUAUAUCUUUUAUAAAGAAAAUAGGUUAGUAAGUGAGAACAUCAAUAAAGUACUUCAAAAUGAAAGAAAAAAGAUGAAAAUUAGUAAAAUAUCAAAAGAAUAACAUUUUGAGAAUAAAAUGAAAGAUUUUGCAAAUAUGGAUACAUUUAUUGAUGUUAAACAGUUUCUCAAGAAUCUUAAUGAUUAAUAAAAGAAAAAAACAAAUAAAAAAGUGUUUAAGUCAUUCAAACGUAGUCCAUCGGAUAGUGAUAAUGAUGAUUUAUUUGAUUAUGCAGAAAUUGUGUAGAAAAGUAAAAAAUAUAUUGCAAAAACUUAAAAAUAUAGGACUAAACCUAAUAUUGAGGGCUACCUUAAAUUUGAAGAAAAACUUCAUUAGAAAACAGAAGAAAUAGAAGAAGUAAGAUCAACAAAUGAAAAAUUUUACACUGGAAUAGAUAAAUUAAUAACAGAUAUAAAUCAAAAAAAUGCUUAAUCUGAAAUAGAUAAGCAAUAUGAAAAAGAAAAAAAAAGACAUAGAGACUCUGUAGGUUCUGAAUAAUAAUUGCCAUAAAUUGUCUAAUUAGAUUUUGGAAAAGAUGAAUUAACAAUAAAGGCAGAAAGGAAAUUUAAAGAAUAAUCUUAAAAAGUCUUAUAACUUCUUGAAAAAACAACUAAAAUGUUAUAUAGAAAUAGAAUACCAUAGCCACCUAAUCCCAAAGUUUUAAAACAAUAACAAUAAUAACUAAGAGAAUUAUAACAACAUCCAUCUUCUGUGGAAAUUAGAAGUUCUAAAUAAAUCCUCAUCAAAAGUCGAAGUAUAAGUAAAGAUGUAAAAUUGCCAACAAUUAAUACACAUAACUAACAUCAAAAUGGAAAAAGGAUUGGAGCCUUACAUUAAUUAAGUCAUGCAACUUUGCCAGAAAUUAAACCAGGAUCUUUUGUUUCUCUUAGAGAAGAUAGGAACUUAGAAGAUAUACAUUAUUUUAAAAGCUACUAAAAUAAUAUUAUGAGAUUACAAAAUUAAGCUAAUAAUUUUAGUCAUCAUAGCCUUAGUUUAGAAGUAAAAAAUUAAAUAGGUGAUUUUAUCACUUAGGUAUUCUUUAUUCUAUAUACUUUAGGUAGAAAGUGCAAAAGAAUAAUUUUCUAAAAUGUAUCCUUCAGAUUCUUAAAUACAAAAAAUUUAGAAUAAUAUGACUAAAAAGAUGAAUACAAUUGGCAAGGCUCCUUUGGAGAGUUUGAAAUUUUUAACCAGAAGAAAAUUUAAUUUUUCCAGAAAAUUUGAAACAAAAAAUAAAAAGAAUAAAGCUCAAAUUUUUUGAUCAC